AUGCCGCACCCUAAAUGCCGCCCGCAAAGCUUCCUCGACGCAUUCUUUGCUCUCAACGCGCCCGUUGUUUUCGGCGCGGAGAUUUUCUACUGCCCGGAUUGGAAGAAGCUAGAGCCGUUCUUUCCUCAUAAAAGAAUUUCGUCCGUGAAUCGGUUUCUUAACGCGGGGGCGUAUGGUGGGUACGCGUGGGCGCUAGCGGAGAUCAUCGAUCUGAUCUACGUGCGCGACUGCAUGCAGGACCAGCGCGGGUUCAUCCUCGCUUUCCUCGCGCAGCAGUACCUCUUCCACGACAUGCCGCGCGCGCCCAACCUUGACCCCGCCGCCGCACAGGCGGCGGGGUCGGCGAGCAGAGCGGCGUGGCAGAACAACCGCACGGUGGAGUUCGACUCCGCCAUGUCGCCGUUCCACCGCCUGCCCACCAAGCCCAGGCAGCGCGUCAUGGACGAAGUGAGGCGCGCCGGGCACAGGGAAACGGCAGCGGUGAUGGCGGCGCCAUUCAUUAAACUGGACCACUACAGCGCGCUGUUCAUGCACCUUGGGGGGCUCAAGUGGGGCAACUUCACGAUCCUGGUUUCUCAAGCAGCAGUCGUGCGGUCCUCUCCCAUGGCGCCUACUCCAAGUUUAAUCUCCGAUGUUUUCCGCCUGUGCUGCUCCUCCAAGAUCGCGAUCGUCCUCCGCCUCGUUCUCGGAUGCACUACAUUUGCACUCGUAAUCUUUACGUCCAUCUGCUACUGGACCAUGGUUGCCACCAACCUCUCGCCGCAGGCGGAGGAGUUCCGCGACACGUGGGAUUCGUGCGUGACGCAGCGCGCGGGACACCUGUUCAAGAUGAACAUGCUGUCGGACCUGCAUUCGCAGAAGUGCACGAAUCUGGUCGAAGCCGCCGUCGCCAAAGGGGAGGCUUUGAUGGCGCGCGGGCGGGACCUACACGAACGCGGGGAGGCGGAGCAGCAGGUUGACGGGUGCGCGGUGAAGUACGACGCGAGGGCGGAUCCGUGGGAUAACCAUCCGCUGCCUAGCGACAAGUUCUCCCAGUCGGGUUGCAAGCUAGAGUGGGUAAUCUACUCCUCGGAAUGCGGGGUGAACAUGGUGCGCCUCGCGGAUUUCGCGCACAUGGCGGGCAUUAGCUUCUCCGUGAUCGGAAGCCGCCAGCCGUGGACGGGCCAAGGCGGCCGCCUGCGCGCCAUCCGUGACUUCGUCGCGGGGCUGCCGCGCGAUCGCGUCGUGAUCACCACCGACGCCGACGACGUCUUUCUCAUGCCGCACCCCAAAUGCCGCCCGCAAAACUUCCUCGACGCAUUCUUUGCGCUCAACGCGCCGGUGGUUAUCGGCGCGGAGAUCUACUGCUGGCCGGAUGGGACGAAGCUAAAGCCUUACUUUCCUCUUGAAGCCAACCCGAACAGGCCAAGACACUCCGUGAAUCGGUUUCCUAACGCGGGAGCGUAUGGCGGGUACGCGUGGGCGCUGGCGGAGAUCAUCGAUCUGAUCUACGUGCGCGACUGCAUGCAGGACCAGCGCGGGUUCAUCCUCGCGUUCCUCGCGCAGCAGUACCUCUUCCGCGACAUGCCGCGCGCGCCCAACCCCGACCCCGCCGCCGUGCGCGCCGCGUGGGAAUCGCCGAGCGACGUGGAGGAGGCGGUUCGCGCGCAGGCGGCGGCGGCGGAGUCGGCGAGCAGAGCGGCGUGGCGGACCAACCGCACGAUGCUGUACGACUCCGCCAUGUCGCCGUUCCACCGCCUGCCCGCCAAGCCCAAGCAGCGCGUCAUGGACGAGGCGAGGCGCGCCGGGCACAGCGGUGCGGCGGCGGUGAUGGCGGCGCCGUUCAUUAAACUGGAUCACUACAGCUCGCUGUUCAUGCACCUGGGGGGACUCAACUGGGACAACUUCACGAUUCUCGGCACAGGGGAGCAGGCGCUGGUGCGACAGGUUAAUUCGGGGGGGGAGGCGUGCAUCUUGCACCAGCAGGGGAAUAAGCUGAAAAAUAUCUCCAUGCCUUAUAUAAUGAAGGAGACCGGUUUGGAAGAGCUGAGAGAGGCGCGAGGGUAUGCUCCCUAA